CUAAACGAUGAUUACUUAUCUUCCUCCCUCCGCCCGCCUCUCCACUUUCACCUCUACUUCCCGAGCUCGGGCUCCAGAAUUUGCCCCUUCUUUCACCCACUCAAAUCGGAAGACCCGGCCCCUCUCUCCCGCACCCAGGGAGCCAUGACUGGCCAUCGGAGGUUUCUCCGAUGUCCUUUCUUCCAACCUCGGGAGCCUCGCGUGAGGUCUGGCUCCCUUGCGCGGCGCCCGCGCCUGCGCUCCCGCCUCUGUCAGCCGCCAGCCGCGACCCGCACCCGCACCCGCACCCGCACCCAGGCGGGCUUCUUAUCCGGAGAAUUUCACGGCCUCUUCAUCAGCAGCGCCAGCGUGUUCACGUGCGAAUCAGCGUCAGGAAUAGUGGUUAGAUUGGAUAGGGAAAGAAGAGGCAAAGUAUAGUACACGAGGACGAUAGAGGGUUGGAGGCGGGAGCCG